GUACACUCUCCUGCAGGGCUGCGGCUGGCAGGAACGCGCCGAGUGGGAGUGGAGGCACCCAGUCACGGGCGUCAUUCUCAGCCUGAGCAAGGGCAGCGAGCACUGGUCUGAGUGCAAAGGACGCCUCGAGCACGUGCUCCGGGAAGGCUGGCGCGCGGACCUAUUCGGGAGGUGGCGGGGGCAGAGCCGCAUCGACUCGUCUCUGUGCCGGUUCGAGCAGUACGACGAGCGGCGCUGCAAAGCCGCGAGGCUUCUGGCAGAGGGCAGCACGCCCGCGGCCAGCGUGAUGUCUGGAGCCUUCGUCUCGCCGGCGCACCUGCAGGCGCCGGACUUCGAGCACGUGGUCUGGCGCUGCGAGGCGGAGAUCAGGCCCGUAGGCCGGCCACAGGAUGCGCUGCAGCGGCGCCUCCUCUGGCCGACUGGCCUGCAACGCAGGAAGGAGGUGGACGCCGGCCUGCUGUGGCGGGCCGUCGCCAUACGCAAGGCGAUCCUGGAGGUGCGCCGCGGCAGGAGGCCGGCCGAAAGCGCCAGCAGCGCGCCCCUGGGGAGCUGA